AUGGAGAUAAGCUCGUGGACGGUGGCGGGAGGGACUCUUCCGGGCAGUGCACUCACCCAAAAGCCUAACUGCACCAACGACCACCUGCCCAGGCUGAAAGCCACCAGAGGAAAGAUACCAACCACACAGGAGGAAGGUCUCACGCUGUUGGCGGCAGAUGCCAACUCGAUCUUCCAACUGAUGAUCCCGAGCCCCCGCAUACCGGCUCAGCAGACUUACCAACCCAGGGAAUUGGCUGACGUGCCUGCAGACCCGCAGUCCGGCAAGUGGCAGCUGACGAAGAAGACGAAGGCCGCUCAGGACUGA